AUGAUAAUGAGUAUGGACGCCCGAAGCGUCUCGGAAAAGCUCAGGAACUCGGGUCUAUUACGAACACAAGGGCUAAUAGGAGGAAAGUGGAUUGAUUCGUAUGACAAGAGCACAAUCAAGGUUAACAAUCCAGCCACCGGUGAAAUUGUAGCUGAUGUUGCAUGUAUGGGAACCAAAGAGACAAAUGAUGCUAUUGCAUCUUCUUACGAAGCAUUUCCAUCUUGGAGCAGAUUGACUGCUGGAGAGAGGAGUAAAAUUUUACGGAGAUGGUAUGACCUCCUGAUUGCACACAAGGAAGAACUUGGACAACUUAUUACUUUGGAGCAAGGAAAACCACUAAAGGAGGCCAUAGGAGAGGUCGCAUAUGGGGCAAGUUUUAUUGAGUACUAUGCGGAGGAGGCAAAACGUGUAUACGGUGACAUCAUUCCUCCUAAUUUGUCUGAUCGCCGAUUGUUUGUUCUAAAACAGCCUGUUGGUGUUGUUGGCGCAAUUACCCCUUGGAACUUUCCCUUAGCCAUGAUUACUCGGAAGGUUGGCCCUGCUCUUGCUUCUGGAUGCACAGUGGUUGUUAAACCAUCUGAACUUACCCCCCUAACUGCACUUGCUGCGGCUGAACUGGCACUUCAAGCUGGAGUUCCUCCAGGUGCACUUAAUGUGGUCAUGGGAAGUGCUCCUGAAAUUGGGGAUGCUUUGCUUACAAGUCCACAGGUGAGGAAAAUCACGUUCACAGGAUCAACAGCAGUUGGGAAGAAAUUGAUGGCAGCUGCUGCACCCACUGUGAAGAAGGUUUCUCUAGAACUUGGUGGCAAUGCACCCUCCAUAAUAUUUGAUGAUGCAGACCUGGAUGUUGCAGUAAAAGGAACGCUUGCAGCAAAAUUUCGGAAUAGUGGUCAGACAUGUGUUUGUGCUAACAGAGUACUUGUGCAAGAUGGUAUCUAUGAUAAAUUCGCCGAGGCAUUUUCUGAAGCGGUUCAAAAAUUAGAAGUAGGAGAUGGCUUUAAGGAGGGGACAACCCAGGGUCCACUUAUAAACGAUGCAGCAGUGCAAAAGGUAGAGUCAUUCGUACAAGAUGCUGUUUCCAAGGGAGCAAAAAUCAUUCUCGGCGGCAAAAGGCACAGCCUAGGGAUGACUUUUUAUGAGCCUACUGUUAUCCGCGAUGUUAUGAGUAACAUGAUCAUGUCUAAGGAGGAGAUUUUUGGACCCGUGGCUCCCCUUAUUCGAUUCAAAACCGAGGAGGACGCUAUCAGGAUCGCUAAUGACACGAUUGCAGGACUUGCUGCUUAUAUAUUCACGAACAGCGUCCAACGAUCAUGGCGUGUCUCUGAAGCGCUUGAAUACGGGCUUGUAGGGGUGGCUCCAUUCGGGGGAGUGAAGCAGUCUGGUCUUGGAAGGGAAGGAUCCAAGUAUGGUAUGGACGAAUACCUUGAGUAUCUUACCGUUUCGUGUGCCACUGGUUAG